AUGGGCAGUGACAGUUUCGGUAAUAACUACUACCAAAACGACUACUACAUGCUUGGACGCAGCCGUUGGGUUGAGUUCAAUCCGGCUGUGAAAUGGGAAUAUGAUGCAAGUCAAAUAACACCGGAAUGGUUUGGUUGGAUUCACUACAAAACUGAUCAAAUCCCGUCCGACGACUGCGCAAAGUUCUGCCUCAUGAAUUCUUGCUACGCUCAGAAAUGGUUGCUGCCUCAUAUGGAGAACGUUUCAGGAACUGAUCAAGCGUUCUAUCCAUAUAGUACCACUAGAGCGCGUAUUGAACCUUGGGACGGUGUAUCCACAGUGCCCAAAAGUCAAUCAAAAAUCCUUGCUACUUGUGGCAAGAGGCAGGUAGGAACACUGACCUCCGCAGAAAGGGGAAAACUAAUGACCACAAUUCUCUGCUUCAGCGCAGUUGGCAACUAUAUGCCGCCAAUGUUUAUAUUUCCAAGGAAGCGUAUGAAACCGGAGUUGCUUGAUGGGGCACCAGCUGGAUCUUGGGGAGAAUGUCACGAAUCUGGGUGGAUCCAGGGUCCCUUGUUUGUCCUCUGGCUAAAGAGAUUCAUUGAGUGGUCGCAUUCUACCAAAGAUAAUCCAGCACUUUUAUUGCUAGAUGGUCAUGCAGCACAUGUUAAAUCUGUGGAGGUCAUUGAUUUGGCUCGCGAAAAUGGUGUUAUUUUAUUGUGCUUUCCACCUCACUGCACACACCGACUCCAACCACUGGAUGUUGGGUUCAUGAGACCUAUAAGCACAUAUUAUUCCAGCGAAAUAAAGAAUUGGUUGCGGAGCCAUCCCGGACGUGUGGUGACACAAUUUCAGACAGCUGGCCUAUUCGGAAAAGCUUUUGUGUCUGCAGCAACAAUGACGACUGCUAUUAAUGCAUUUAGAACUACAGGUAUAUGGCCUAUCAACAAGGAUGUUUUCACUGACGUAGAUUUUGCACCCGCGGACACUACUGACAAUCCUGAACCUACUAAGGUGCCUUUAGUUAACGAAGCCAUUUCGCAGAGAGACAACACUCCAAUGAGACUAGAAACCCCAGAAGGUGACCCUGGUGUCAAGACCCCACCCAGACAACCACUCCAAGAAAUUUUGACCGAUAACAAGACACCACCAUCGCAAAUACGACAACAGGGCAGGAAUAUACAAACCCCGCCUAAGCAACCUUCUCCACAACCUGGUUGUUCUUGGAUGGUCGAUAGGCCCUCGAAUUUUGCAACAACUCCAGAACAAAUAAUGCCAGUGCCUAAGGAGAAUAGAACAAGCAAAAGAGUUAGUAAGCAACGAGGGAAAACAGCAAUCAUCACAGAAUCACCGUACAAAAACGAGCUUCUAGCCAUAAAAAAGACCGCAGAACUAAAAGAACAGAAAAAGAGGGUAGCUAAAGAUUUGAAAUUGAAAUCCAUCAAACAGAAGAAGAGAAAGGUGUUAACAAAGAAAGGCAGCAAAAGCUCUGCAGAAGAAUAUGCUGAUGCUGAAGAUGCUGAAUGCAUCUAUUGUGGUUACUUGUGGUCAGAGUCAACCGAGGGAUGGAUACGUUGUCUAAAAUGUUCUCGAUGGGCACACUACUCUUGUGCUGGAGAGGAUGAAAAAGAUGAAGAGGCUACUCAUUUAUGUGCGUUGUGCAUUGAAAAC